UUAAUCUUCCAGGCUCUCUCUCAUCUCGAAUCAGGCGACGGCGCAUCGAUGCGGGCAUCUGCACAUCGAUCCCACACGCCAUUGUCCAUCUUCUCCUCCGAGAAGCUAGCAAUAGCAGGUACCCAGGAAGCAAGCAAGCAAAGCAGGUGGAGCAACCCACAGGCCAUAUGCAACAGUUGUCUGUGCCAUUUGACCAGCUUGCAGCAGGCCACAAUUGGGUUAGAGUUGGAGUGUAUUCUCCAUGGCUUCCAGGCAGUGGUUUGUGUCCGUGGUGGUAGGUGCUUGACGGUGCUUCAUGGGCGUACGGAGCAUGAAGCUGGCGUUUUAUGCGGAGGAUUUGAUUUCGACGAGGUUCGUUUCUUCGUUUUCUUGUGCGUCGGUCUUCGAUUCCUCUGUGAGCUUUCUGUCGCCGGGUGUGCCCGUUUUGCCUGUGGCAUCGUUGGCCUAGCAACCAUCGACAUGACUUCUGUUGGUUGGAGGAUUUUUUUGUCCCUCCAAGGUAGGGCUGUUCGUGGCUGCCUUGUGAGGUUAGUAUCCUCUGUGGGUUUGUUGUUCCAACCCGAGAAAUCGAGUUGGUUCUUCCCACCUGUUUUGGUGGUACAGUUCCCCUUCUGGGUACCUCGUCGUUCGGCGAUUCGGGGCUUCUGGCAGUUCUUGAGGCAUCAGAUUCCUCAUCGUCUGGCAAUGCGAUGGCCGAUCUUGUUCAGCCGGGUCAUUCAGCGUCAACAAGGCACGUUGAAAGCGAUGUGCUGCUCAAGACGGCAUCAAAAAACCGUGUUUCUUCGCCAGUGAGGAGGUCGGCUUCAAGCUGCAUGCUCCGGCCGCCGGUGGCGAGUAGGUCCGGGAGAAGCUUACGAUGACUACAGUGUAAUUUCUUUAUCUUUCAGGGAUGUCUUUGUAAAUUGUGGGCUGUAAUCACCAAAACAUAUGAAUAAAAUUUAGUCCCGGUUUCUCA